UUCUUCUGUUGUCGCUCUACAACUUCUCACUCACCAUUCGCUUUCAGUUUCAUUUUAUAUGUUGAACAUGAUAGAAGCAAAGUUCAGAGAUGAUAUGACUCUUCACGAUCUAAAGCAUUGCACACGAACAUAAUUAAGGAGAAAGACUCAACAUACAAAAAAAAACAUUUAAUAUAUAUUUCAAAAGCUUUUGUUUGUUCUACUUCUUUCACUCACACAUUUCAUAUUACGGGCGAGAAGGAGAUAAGAGAGAAAGAGAGACAAGAAUAAAGCUAAAGAAAAGGAUACUUUUUAUCUCAACUAAUUAAUUAAUUAACUAGCUUACUGUGAAUCAGAGACAUAAAAAAGAAGGAGGAGGAGAUGAGGAGAAUAUUUUUAAUUGUACUUUUAAAACUUUUAAUAUUACAUCAGCAUCAUGGAGUGGCAAGUGCAUAUCCAGAGAUUUUUGACUCGAACGAAGAAGAGACGGUAGAAAUUAAUAUUGAGGAUAGUAAUUCAAUGGAAGAGCUUACGACGAUGACAAACAUAAAUGAAUUUUCCAUUAGUGAAGCAAAUACACCAAAUAAGAAUCAAGAAAGUAUACAGACAACCACAACAAUCGCGACGACAUUAAUUCAUCCGACAAUAGAGGAACAAGAAUCAAGUCCAAUAAUUAUGAAGCUUAUUUCUGCAAUUGAAUUAACGAACCCAAAUGAUGCUGAAACGACAACUGAGCAUCAUUUUGACAUAGUGAAUAUUCUCAAAAAUCGUACUAAAGCACUUUUUGAUGUAAAUGCUCCAAAUAAUCCAAGAAAGAAGCCAAGAAUAUUAUUGACAAGACCACCUGUUCAAAUGUCAAAGAGUAGUAGUAGUAGUGACAGUGACUAUGAAAGCUCUAAUUCCAUGGAGGAUACAACUACAAUUCCAUAUUCAGAAGAAGAAAGCAACGAAACAAACAUUGAAAAUAAUAGCAGUGAAGAAAUUACAACAGCAUCACCAUUACCACUGACAUUGCCAACAUCAAAGAGACCUCCAAAAAAUAUCGAAAUCUUUAAAACGAGGCCAAAUGAGCUUUUAAGAUUCUACGUAGAAGAUGGACAUUUACGUUCACCGAUUGCAGCGCUUGUAGACAAAAAGACGAACCCGUUGGCUAAAGCAAAGAGAUUAUGGAAAGCAGCUUUACGACCCAAUUCAUUACUAGACAUUAUGGUCGUGUCAUAUGAUUCGGAAGGAAUAAAAAGCACGUACAACUUAACAAACACUAAAGCAAUGAUGACAACAUUGGAUAAAGUGAGAGACGAAAAUACAACUGAUCAAAAGAGUAAAACAUAUUACAGCAUUAUAAGAACCGGUCAAUUGAUUCCAUUCGAUAGUGCUAUUUUCAUAACGACUGACGAUAUACCGAAUGACAAUGAACAUCAAUAUCAGGCUUCAAUGUUUCUCCUCAAAAAGCGAAUUCGUCUAUAUCUCAUAAUAUUUGACGACAGAAACAAUACGACAAAUGAAACAAGCACGUCGACAACAGUGAAAGAAACGGGAUUUUUAGGUCAAUUGGCAAUGUUGACAGGUGGUGAUAUCAUUUAUGUGCCUAAUUAUGUUUUUCAAAAGCAAAGUGAGGACGGCGAAAUGGGAUUUAUUACACUUUAUCGCCAAAAUAAAUAUAAGCCAAUCGAUCAAGAGCCAUUAAAAGAUUUCCACGAGAAUGAACUGAAGAAUGAUACAGAGACGUUAAGCUUGAAAGACGACGACGAUCAUCAUGAUUCAAAUAAUUAAUUAAUUUUAUAUGUAAAAGUGCCUGUUAAAUCUAAUUUUUUGUUUUUCUUUAUGCAUUAAUCUACGGGAUAAUGUUGGGAUUAUGCAUUAAGCUUAAGUAAUAGUAACGAUAAUGAUAAUUAAUUUUAAUUAUAAAAAAAAAGAAAUAGUAAUAAUAACAAUUGAUUGAUUGAGUACAAACGAUAUAAACAAAAACACACAGAAUAAAUUACUUAAAGAAUAGAUAGAGUUACAGACGGAGA